AUGGCUACUGUCACCUUUGCCAAUGCGCCCUCUCCAUCAGCUACUAUCUCGUGUGGCUCAUGUACCCCCUCCUCGCUACCACUACCUUCCAUGCACUUCGCGAUCGCACAGAUCCAGGAUAGUGUCUGUUUGAUCCAGCUGUCACCUACAGUGCCUGGGACAACGUCCUCGGCUCUGACUGCAGUCGAAGUCCAGAUCUACCGCCACGAAUUUAUUACCAUCUUCCGCUAUUCCCAUUCAGCGACAAUUCACCCCUCUGACAUCCACAUCAUCGAGUCGCUGGACGAGCGUAGCGUGCUGAACGAGGAGGAGAACGGCACAGUGUUCUUGGCGCGAGACGUUAUGGGGCGUUUGAGUAGCAUGACAGACCGAAGACGGUCGGCAAUGCUUCCGAUAAAAAGCUCUAGCGCUUAUUAUGGGCGGCCGAGUCGGAAGCAAUACCAUCCAUGA